UGCUAGUAUAAAAGCUAAGAAACACCCGAGAAAUCAUUUAGUUGCUGCUUUGAGUUCAUUUGAAUAAGUUAACAAAUUUGAUUGCAUUGUGAAAAUGUCGCGAAUUUUUUUAAACGUCAUCGUACUUUGUUCAGUUCUCGCUGUGCAGGCCGAGUUCCCCAAUGAUCCGAAGCCUUGUAAAUAUGCCGAUUCCGGUUGCAUCGUCAAGAUGAUCAACUAUUUGAUCAGGGAAAAGGCAAUGCAGGGCGAUCGUGAGUUUAAUUUGGUGAAACUUGAUCCUCUGCCAGUGGCCAAGAUGAACAUAAAACAGGGCGCGGAAAGUCCAGUCAACAUUGAUUUAACGUUUAAGGAUAACCAACUUCGCGGUAUAAGCACAAUGAAGUUCCGUAAAGUCAAAGGUUUCGGUAAGGAUAUUGCCAAAAAACACGAAAUUCUGUUGAAUGCGGGCAAACUAUCCCUGGUAGGACCCUACAACAUCAAGGGCAAGGUCCUGAUACUACCCAUUAGCGGUACUGGUGAGAGCAACAUGACUUUGGUCAACUGUGAUGUUGUGCUAGGCUUUACGGGCAAACCGUUUGAGAAGAAUGGCGAGACCUACAUGGAGGCGUCCAAUCUGAAAAUUACAACCAAGCCCGAGCGCAUGCAUUACUACUUCACCAAUCUGUUCAAUGGCGAUAAGGCCCUGGGCGAUAAUAUGAACGCGUUCCUCAACGAUAACUGGGAAGCCAUCUUUUUGGAGGUGAAGCAGUCGAUGGAAUCGGCAUUCGCGGAUAUAUUUCAAACAAUUAUUACGGAUGUCUUCUCAAAGUAUCCCUACGCUAAGUUCUUUGCGGAAUCUGAUGAUCCAAAGCCUUGUAAAUAUUCUGAUGCCAAGUGCAUCGUGAAGUUGGUCAACGAGCUGAUCAGCAAGAAGGCAACGAAAGGCGCUCCUGAUUUCAAUCUGAUGAAACUCGAUCCUCUGCCAGUGCCCACGACGAAUGUGAAACAGGGCGAGGACAGUCCAGUCAACAUUGAUUUAACGUUCAAGGAUAACAAAGUCCACGGUAUAAGCACAAUGAAGAUCCGUGAAGUCAAAGGUUUCGGCAAGGAUAUGACUCAUAAGCACGAGCUGCUUUUAAAUGCGGGUAAAGUAUCCCUGGUGGGACCCUACACAAUCAAGGGCAAGGUCCUUAUACUGCCCAUCAACGGCGAUGGCUUGAGCAACAUGACAUUGGUCAACUGUGAUAUUGCGCUGAGCUUUACGGGCAAACCGUUUGAGAAGAAUGGCGAGACCUACAUGAAGAUAGCCAAUCUGAGACUUACGGCCAAGCCCGAGCGUUUGUAUUACCACUUCAGUAAUCUGUACAAUGGCGAUAAGGCCCUGGGCGAUAAUAUGAACGCGUUCCUCAACGAUAACUGGGAAGCCAUCUUUUUGGAGGUGCGACAGUCGAUGGAAUCGGCAUUCGCGGAAAUAUUUCGAACAAUUAUCACGAGCGUCUUCUCAAAGUAUCCCUACGCUAAGUUCUUUGAGGAAUGAAUGCCAUUUAAGUACCUAAGUUUGUUGUUCUCUUUUAUUAAAUCGAUCAAAUCUA